AUAACUAACACUCUUCUGCAAUUCCCAAUCCAAUGGAUCAACCACCCAAAUUCGUAAUCCAGGCAUCGGAAGCCCUCGCUCUCGCCGAGUCCGCCGCCAUCACACUACCGGAACUCCUCCCCAGGCUGGUUCCCGCCGCCCAGUCCCUCGCUCGCCCACCCAUCUCCAACUUCCAGGUAGCCGCCGUGGGCCUGGGCCCCUCCGGCCGCAUCUUCGUGGGUGUCAACCUCGAGUUUCCGGGCCUCCCCCUCCACCACGCGGUCCACGCGGAGCAGUUCCUCGUCAGCAACCUCUCUCUGAAUGCGGAGGCCAACCUGACCUCCUUCGCCGUCUCCGCCGCCCCCUGCGGCCACUGCCGCCAAUUCCUCCAGGAACUCCGCGCUGCCUCCAACGUGAAUAUCCUGAUUACCUCCGAUGACACGCCGCAAUUCACCCCUCUCUCUCACUUCCUCCCUCACCAAUUUGGCCCCCACGACCUCCUCUCCCCUGGCACUCCCCUUCUCUUGGAAACCCACCACAACGCCUUAACUCUUCUCCCAAACCACACCAACGACGACGACGCCCUCUGCAACGGCCACCUCCACAACCACAAGCUCAAGAAUGCGGCUCUCGAAGCCGCCAACAAAUCCCAUGCACCCUACACUGCCUCCCCCUCUGGCGUCGCCCUCCUCGACCGCCACGGCAAUCUUUACAAAGGCUCUUACUUGGAAUCCGCCGCCUUUAAUCCCAGCCUCGGCCCCGUCCAGGCCGCGCUCAUCGCCUUCGUCGCCGCGGGCGGCGGCGAGUUCGACGAGAUUGUGAAUGCCGUUUUGGUGGAGAAGGAAGACGCCGCCGUUAAACAGGAGCAGACGGCGAGGUUGCUGCUUCACUCCAUUUCGCCCGAUUGCAACUUCAGCACAUUCCUUUGCCACUCCCAACCUUCACCACCCUAAUUCCAUGAACCAGUAGCAACGAUUACAGUAAAAACAUCGUUGCUUUAAAUAUUAUGGUUGGAACUAUUAAUCGCUGCUACUAUGAUUAAUGAAACGGUUUGAUGAGUUUAAAUGUU